UCAGACUCCCCUUGUUGGAAGUUUUGGGAGCAAGUUCCUAUAGAACGGUCACUCUGAAACCUAUGGUCACAGACCUGUAAGAAUUUGAUUAAACCGUAUCCACAGAAAAAUGCACAAGCAACAAAAUUCUACAAGCCAAUUAUGGACCCAGGUUAAGAACUUCUAGCUUAUAAGAGAGAAAGACUAUGGAAAGGAUCAAGGUCAGUUGGGGGAGUGGCACCCUUGAAGUCUAAAACAGGACCUCUCCCUCCCUUCCUUAACCAGCAAGCAGGAAUACAGUGGGAGUACUAGUUCCUGAGAAUAAGGGGUUCCACUCAUGGGUAACUUUGGCUUGGGCACGCUAUCUUAGAACUGCACUGCCCACAGAGUCUUUCCUUCAGUCUUCUUCUUUCAGAGGUAUCAGACAUGCCCCAUGGUUGUUAGACUCUACCAGACCUAAGUGUAUUCCUGCUGUCUUCUCUCUCCCUUUGCACAUCCCAGGCAUUUUCCUCAAUAAAAUUCUUAUACUUCUAAUCCUACCUUGGGAUCUGCUUCUAGGAGGAGCCAAACUACACACGUGCAGCUGCUGCUGUCUCCACAGAGCCCUGAGGAAGGCACCUUGGAGUCUUCCAGUCCUCACUCUAGCACCACACUCCAACACAGAAACUAAACCCCUUGAGACAAUAACUUCUUACACAUGCCCAGUGUGAUAAAGCCCCUGGAAGCCAACAGACUGAUGAUGGUCUGGUUUCACAGAUACAAUGGGUGGUUUUCAGAUUUUUGCCUUCAGGUCUGAGACAAGGCCUACUAAGGAUAAGUGCCAAUGAUAUGGGAGAAAUGGCCUGGAAGGCCAAAUCAAUAAUGUCAGAUGUAUAGAAGGCCUUACCUUUGUAAGGCCUGAAAAUAUGACCCUGACUCACAGCAGAAAUAUCUUUUACAUUUAUACAAUAGUAAACAUGGAGCUGUACAGUCAUAACCAAAUUCUGAAAAGUGAUACUAUUCGACAGGGAGAAGAUGGUGUUAGGUCAAGUAAAAACAGCCAAAGCAAAAAUCCUAUUCCAGAGUAUGAGUGACCUUUUGUAUUCCCUAGAGAGAUUUCAACAACAGUUAGUAUAAGAUUCAAAGUCAGUUCUUAAGUGUGCCAGUAGGCACUACUGAGUGUGCAAAUGCUCUAUUGUUUGAGGGUCACAAUACCCCAAUCCCAGAGCAGUUCGAGGCUUUUAGCCGAAGAAGUAGGUGAAAUUCUGAGGUAAAUACAAGGGAUCAUGUCAGAAUCCAGCCAUGCUAUACCACUUGUCCUAAAUCAUUUCUGUUCCACGGUUAACACUUAGGGCAUGCAAUAUUAAAUGACUGUAUCAACCUACCCUUUUCUCCUACUAAGACAUCCAAAGAUCAAAUCAGCAUUAUUUUUCAAUUAGCACUGUGAUAAAACACUAUUAUAUAAAAUAAGACAGAGAAGGAGAAUCUUUUUAAUUAGCUUUCUCCUGAAAUUCUCAAAGAGCAAAAUAACCAAAUGCUUUGUUUUCCAACCUUUUUUUUUUUUUUGCCCUUUAUUCUUGGUUUAUGAUGUUAAACUCUUAAUGACAAAGAAGCAAAGCCCACUUAGCUAGUUUACCAACACAUUUGAAGCAAAUCAUAGUCAUACUUCUAUGUUAACCAAGCAUGACAGCAAGGUGAUUGAGUAGCUUUCCAAACUACCAGAGCAGCAGGCACUUGCAGAGGCUGCAGUUAAAUCAGCACUUCAUAAAUCGUGCAGGCUCCUGCCCAUUUAGAUCUCUCUAUGCAGAAUCGGCAGUCUAACACUGGCUCUCCCAAGCAUUAAAAAAUCAUCACUCUGCUAACCCAACUCACUGUUCAGACGGGUCUUCUUGAAUGCAGCCUUUAUUACAACCUCACUGCUGCUUCCUACACUGAAGGAAUACCAUGUUUUUAAGUCAGGAGUUCUUCUUUCUCGCUUCAUUAUAAUCAGGGGUCUUAACAACGACCCCGAUACUGUUACAAAGCACACUGCUUUAUAACAGUAAAGCUCUGGAAAACCCAAACAAAAGACACGUCACCCGGUGACGUCAGCCUAUAUACAGUUCUGUGUGGUCGCAGCACAUAAGCAAAUCCAUUCUUGUGCCGUUUCUCGGAAAAGCUUUUCAGUAAACGCACUCAUGCUGCUCCAGGAGCUCUUCUCUGCAACAAGCCGCCCAUCUGCCAUCAACAAGUUAAGACCGAGAGAACUAACGGCUGCAGAAAGGAGAGGCUGAAGCUUUGAUUAACCAGCUGAGCAGUUAGAGGAGGACGAAAUUAAUAACAUAUUCAAAACUGAUUUAGGGGAUCAGAGUGGUCACAGAAAAUGAAACCAAUGCUUUCGAGAGGAAUAUCCUAAGGAAAAAACAACUCACCCUGGUGGAUUCAAUUUUACUCGGAAAGCCUGGGACACAGAAAACAGGAAACUGGUCAAAGGCUCCCGCAUGUUAGAGCCUUUUACAGACUCACUGCGUUGAGUCUGACAACCGAGACUGAAUGCAGGCUCCAAUGUGCUCAGAAGAAUGGGUAAGUCCAUGUAUUUAUGUGUCUUGUACAGUCAGCAAGGAAUCAACGCUUUUAAAAUAAUAAGCCACUGAAUUCACAUUUUAUGAGGGAGAUCACUGUCACAUUUUUGGAUUUUGAGGUUUAGGUAAAAACAUAUAUUGCUGAUGACAGGAUGUGUUUUAUCUUCUUUCUUAAUGGUUUAAGUUUUGUUCUAGUCAUACUAACAAGGUUAGUGUUUCUGCAGCAAAUGAAAAAUAAGUUAUAUGUAGUUAAAUCUUUUGCCAUAAUGAUAUGUUGUUGUUGUUUUAAUAGCCCAUACGCUCUGCUGAAAAAUAUCCUAUCUUCUUGUCUUCCUUAAAUUAUAUUCUGCAGGCUUACAUUUCAAGUGGCCAUUAGGGGCCCCUAUGCUGGCAGCAAUAUAUGCAAUGAGUAUGGUUUUAAAAAUGCUGCCUGCCCUGGGUAUGGCAUGUCCACCCAAAUGCCGCUGUGAGAAGCUGCUCUUCUACUGCGACUCUCAGGGCUUCCACUCGGUGCCAAACACCACAGACAAGGGCUCUCUGGGCCUGUCCCUGAGGCACAAUCACAUCACAGAGCUUGAAAGGGAUCAAUUUGCCAGCUUCAGUCAACUUACCUGGCUCCACUUAGACCAUAAUCAAAUAUCAACAGUAAAAGAAGAUGCUUUUCAAGGACUAUAUAAACUUAAGGAAUUAAUCUUAAGUUCCAACAAAAUAUUUUAUUUACCAAACACAACUUUUACCCAACUGAUUAACCUGCAAAAUUUGGACCUGUCUUUUAAUCAGCUGUCAUCUCUGCACCCAGAGCUCUUCUAUGGCCUCCGGAAGCUACAGACCUUGCAUUUACGGUCCAACUCCCUGCGGACUAUCCCAGUACGCCUGUUCUGGGACUGUCGUAGUCUGGAGUUUCUGGAUUUGAGCACAAACCGUUUGCGAAGUUUGGCUCGCAAUGGAUUUGCAGGAUUAAUCAAACUGAGGGAGCUUCACCUAGAGCACAACCAGCUGACGAAGAUUAAUUUUGCUCAUUUCCUACGGCUUAGCAGUCUGCACACACUCUUCUUACAAUGGAACAAAAUUAGCAACUUGACAUGUGGGAUGGAGUGGACCUGGGGCACUUUAGAAAAGCUAGACCUGACUGGAAAUGAAAUAAAAGCCAUCGACCUGACAGUGUUUGAAACGAUGCCUAAUCUUAAAAUACUCCUCAUGGAUAACAACAAGUUAAACAGCCUUGAUUCCAAGAUCUUAAACUCCCUGAGAUCCCUCACAACCGUUGGCCUCUCUGGCAAUCUGUGGGAAUGCAGCCCUCGAAUAUGUGCUUUGGCCUCCUGGCUGGGCAGUUUCCAAGGUCGGUGGGAGCAUUCCAUCCUAUGCCACAGCCCCGACCACACCCAAGGAGAGGAUAUACUAGAUGCAGUCCACGGAUUUCAGCUCUGCUGGAAUUUAUCAACCACUGUCACCGCCAUGGCUACAACUUAUAAAGAUCCAACCACUGAAUAUACAAAAAGAAUAAGCUCAUCAAGUUACCAUGUGGGAGACAAAGAAAUCCCAACUACUGCGGGCAUAGCAGUUACUACUGAGGAACACUUUCCCGAACCAGACAAUGCCAUCUUCACUCAGCGGGUAAUUACGGGAACAAUGGCUUUAUUGUUUUCUUUCUUUUUUAUUAUUUUUAUAGUGUUCAUCUCCAGGAAGUGCUGCCCUCCCACUUUAAGAAGAAUUAGGCAGUGCUCAAUGAUUCAGAACCACAGGCAGCUCCGAUCCCAAACACGACUCCAUAUGUCAAACAUGUCAGACCAAGGACCAUAUAAUGAAUAUGAACCCACCCAUGAAGGACCCUUCAUCAUCAUUAAUGGUUAUGGACAGUGCAAGUGUCAGCAGCUGCCAUACAAAGAAUGUGAAGUAUAAUAUCUACCCAUCAUCAAAAAUCACAUCAGAUAAGUAACCUAUUUUACAUAGUAGGGGCUAAAUACAUAUCUAAUUUUUACCAAUGGUGACAUUAAGGCUAAUUUUUCCAAACCAAGUGGAGACUUAGGUUUCUGACGUGUUGAAAUAUUUUUAAUUUUUUUUUAAUGAAACCAUAUUUUCAGUGUUAAAUGAAGCGAUGCUCACAUUAAUUUGCACUCUUGUUGGAAAGUCUAAAAAUGCUUAAUUCAAAAUAAGACAUUUCAUGUAUGUAAUUAUACGCUAUCGUGGGUAAACAUUUACACUAAGGUCUCCAUAUGCUAUUUUUUUCUACUGAAAACAGUUUGGAAAGAAGCUACUGAGUAGAAAGAGAUAUGGAUCAAUACUUGUUUGAUCAUUGCUCUCUACCCCAAGUACCACAACUUGGCUUGCUGCUUAAAAGGAGACUUAGCAAAGUUCUCUUGUAUGAUAAUUUGGUAUUUACUCAAACCUAUUUACUGCCAGCGUGGGGAGUAGCAUUUCACAUAUGCUGAAGACUGGUCAAUAUUAAACACUCUUCUUCCAGAGUUUUUACCUGGGUUAAUAGAUAUUAUCAAAGUCCAUAUCAUGAAAUCAGAACCCUUUAUGUAAUUCUAAUACUUUAAUAUAUUUAAACAAUGAAUCCAAGUGAUUGUGAAAAGGUCUCAUUACAAUGAAAUCAAUACUAAAUAAUUACACUGACUUCGUUUCAUAUCUCUAGUUUGACUUAUAAUGGACAUGUUGAUUUUUGUGGCAUUUAGAUACUUACUUUAAACUAGUGUUAAAUUAUCACUUUACUAAUUAGUUUACUAAAUCCUAUAUAUACAUUUAUAUGUGAAAAAAGACUUAGAAAUUAUUUUGGAGAGAAAAGAGAUAAACUGAGUCAAUUUAGCAAUCCUAUGACCAGCUGCUCACUCUAGUUUGAAAGCACACACAAAUACACUCUCUCUCCAGUCUCUCUCUUUCUCCCCCUGUCCUCCACCCCCCACCUCCAUCUCUCCCUCAACUGCCAAGAUCAAAGAUGCCUUGACAAAGGGGUUUAAACCUCUUUCUUCUGCCUUUUCCUGAUCUUCAAGCCUCAAAGAGCCAAAUUAAAAAUAACUGGCUAGCAACAGGCAUAAUACUGAUUCUUGUUAGAAUAUAUUUUAAAGGAACCUUGAAAAAAUCACUUUAUAAAUAUUAUAUGCUAAAUUUUGACUUUUUAAUGGAUACCUAUUCUUACUGUAAGAGCAGGUCCUUCUAAGUGAAGGGAACAACACAUAUCUGAGGCAAACCUUCUCAUGGCAGAACACAAUAUAUGCCUAUGCAGCCACACAGUGGUAACUCGAAGGAGGUGAGGGGAUGAAAGAGAAAGGCAGCAUUUUGAAAUAUGACUCUUGCUGAAACAGGUUAGCAAAGUUAAAACGUAGCCAAGCAAAUGGGCAACUAUACAUGAUCUGCAUCAAACAGGGCAAGGCCCAGGGACCUGCAGCUGGAAAGGGGACGGGGGGAGGUUCUCUGGUAUUAAUAUAAAUGUUCAGUAAUUAAAAAAUGAUAAUGAUGCCACACUUUUCAUGUAGAAAAGAGCCACAACUUUGUUUCUUCCAUUAUGAUUUCUAUGGAGAAACUAUGACAUAUUUAGGAUUUAGAUGCAAGUUACCAAUUGACACAGAAUUUUUCCAUAAAUGAGGUGCCAUGUAUGUAGUAGCAAAAACCAUGAAAUUAGACUACUGACUUGAUUUUAGAAGAAUGAGCAUUUUUACAACUGACAUUUGCUGAUGAGAAAAAAGGCAUAAAUUCGUAGAGAAAACCACUACCAUAAAAAAAAGUUAUCUUUUACUUAACAUGAUAUCCUUCAUUCAAGGCAUAUUUCUUCCCAGGAUUGAAUUGAACACAUGUUAAGAUUACAGUUUAAUCCAUGAGAUUUAAUACUAAGAGAGGGAUGUCUACCUACAUUUCAAAUAAAAUGUGUCUCAGUAAAAAGCAGACAAGAUCACAAAUUAUGGUAAGAAUGUGCUCUCUACAAUUUUUAAGGUGGGUAGAUUAGUUUGGCAAAGUCUCAGCCCAUCUCAGCUGAUCCUGAGCAGUGAGCAUUUCACCUCUUGUUAAACCAGACACUAGGCCUGCCUGGGCAAGGACAGAAGCUGAUUUUACGGCAUAGAGCACGUCUCACAGCUUCCUUACAGAAGGGCUGGAUCAGAAGCCCCAUUACAAAUGAGAGCUCCACAAGCUAAAAUUUACCAACCCAUUUAUCAGGGUAACCAUGGCCAUUUGUCAGAGAACAACUUUAUCACAAUACAACUGUGUCCUGGACACACAAGAUUCCACUAGCCCUGGAGGAUAGCAGAGUAGUUUCCAUCAUUUCAACCACAACCCAAAAUUAAUUGAAACUGUGAGCAGAAGGGUGAGAAAUAGUGGCUGGGAGUCCCCACAUUAACCCUAAAGAUUACAGUUAGUGAAAUGGACCGUCAAUUGGCAAAAUCCUUAAUGUAUGUAGGAAAGAAAAUUGGAAAAGCAAGCCAUUUAGUAAUUCAGGGGAACAGCAUAGCCAAGGCCACCAGGGCAUACUUUUCAGUUGAAAAUUAACAGAUUUUUUUUGGCCCUUCGUUUUUUGGGCAAUGCUCUCUGAGAAAAGUGAAUAACCGUGCCAAAUAGCAUUUUCCAUUUCCAUUUAAAGCGCAAAUUUCCCUUUUCAAUUGCCUAUAGAAGGCAGAAUUUCUUUUAAUUUUGGUCUAUUUGUGUUUUGGUAUCAGCACAGGUUUGAAGAUGAGGCUGUUAGUCAUAUGUGCUCUCUUUACCAACUGGCUCGGGUGGAAGAGCAUCACAACUACACUGCAGAUCCUGGUAAUAUAAUGUUAGGCCUUUUGUCUUUUGCUGUCGUUUUAUCCUCUUCAAUGCCCCCUCUCCCUUUUUUCACUUUAAAGAUUAGAGGAAAAUGACCACUUAAAAAACAGAAAAAUAAUUAAAGCUCUCUGGAAAAAGCAAGCUAACAAAGGCUAUGAUACUGUACCCACCUAGUAACCAAGAGCUAGCUUGGAAUCAUUUAUAUUCAUUUCUGUAGCUUGCCAGGGAUUUCAAUCACCUUUCUGAAAUGAGAGUGAGCUGAUAAAUUUGCAAAUCCAUACACAACUCAGAGAAUACCCUCUGCCAACAUCAAAUAGCAAAGAUACUAAUUUUUUAAGCCAAAAAUCUGCACUAACA